UGCAGCCUUACUCCCAGCGAUGAGUGGCUGAAUCGAAUUCAACAAAAUCGCUAAUAUCGUACUCCCACCGCACAUUCUUGCGGCUCACUGUAUUGUGACGUCACGCAAACCGUUCAGUGAAAAUUAUAGCGUUACUAAGCCAGAAAUUCGCACCACGAGCUCAUCAUGAGCUCAUCACACAGAGUAGAUUAUAUGUCAAAAUUGCAAUAAACCGCCUUUUUGAAAAAAGUUCCUAUUCUUGCGACCGCUGUAGCCAUUGCCAAGCAAAGUAUUGUAUCUUUUUGUGAUUUUGUGAAAAAUACCGCAAACCAUGGACGACUUGUUAGCAUUUGAGUUCCUCGAAAUGGAUUACGCCAUAUCCAACACCAAUCGACGACGAAAACGGAAACGUAUCCGUGAUGAAUGUGAUCCUUUCUCCCUUGAGGACUCGGAGUUUCGUCGUCGAUAUCGUCUUUCCAAAGAUUUAACGGAGAGCUUGAUAGAAGACUUGGGCUCCAUGUUCAAUGAACCAAGAAAACUAUCGGAUUUGAGCAUAACAGAUAAGGUUCUUACUGCAUUAUCUUUUUAUGCCACUGGGUCCUAUCAGAGACCAACUGGAGACAUAGCGGCCCAUUCUAUGGCUCAGCAGACCGUGUCCAAGUGCAUAGCACAAGUGACCACAGCCAUGAAUUCUUUGGCCAUGAGACAGAAACACAUUGUGUUUCCACAUGAUCUCCAAGAUAGAAAUUUAAUUAGGGCUGAGUUCUAUGAGAAGUUUGGUAUGCCUGGAGUUCUGGGAUGUGUAGAUGGCACACAUGUUGCUAUCGUCAGGCCAUCGCAGCAUGAGGAACGGUACUUCUGUAGAAAGCAUUACCAUUCACUGAAUGUACAACUAAUCUGUGAUGCCAACAUGUAUAUAUACAGUGUGGACGCCAGUUACGGUGGAGCAACGCAUGACUCAUUCAUUUGGAACCAGCAUCCUGUAAAGCAAUACCUUGAAAAUCUAAAUGAAAACACUUGGCUACUAGGAGAUUCUGGGUAUUCGCUUAGGAAGUUCAUGAUGACUCCAGUUGUGAAUGCAAUGCCAAAUACCCCUGAGGCAUACUACACAGAAAAACAGGUCUAAACCAGGAACACUGUGGAACGUGCUAUCGGAGUUCUGAAAGCACGAUUCCGAUGUCUGCUAUCUCAUAGAACAUUGCACUACAGCCCCGAGGUAGCUGCCUCGAUUGUCAAUGCAUGUGUCAUCUUACACAACAUGUGCACCAAGGCCAGGCUCCCUGUUGUGGAAUUAGAUGCAAAUGAAAACUUGCUGGAAGCUCAAUACCAGGUUCGGACCCUUGCUGAUGCGAACAGGGAGCCCACUGCUGCGCAAUCAUUGCAAUUGGGCACAGCCACUAGGCAGAGGCUUAUCCAUCGUCUCUGGGCAGCUAGAGCUAUUCCAAAUAUUUAGACUAGCCAUCAACAUAUACAAUGCAUACGGAGGGGACAUAUGAGUAAGAAUCUGCAAUGAUUAGUAACUUUAAUUUAAUUAUUCAAUAAUUAGUAACUAAUACUUAAAGCUACUUGGUAUAACAUAAUACUAUUAUACCUUUCUUGCUCAUUUCUCCAGGACUGGAUGGGAUAAAACUGAGAACAAAACUUGAAUUUCAGGGCAGUAUUAUUUAUUUUAUUUCUUUCUUUUCUUUAUUAAGUACCAAUAAUACUUUUACAAUUACAAUCUUUACCUUGCACCUACACUCGAAGGGGACUGGAUGCAUGGAUACAACACUCCAAAUUUCAGGGCAGUAUUUUGAAGAUCACAUAUUAUUGAAUUAUUACUUUUAUUACCAAUAAUAUCUAUUGAUACAAUACUAUUCUACUUUAAUUACCUGUUUCAGUACCUACAUUCUCGAGAGGAUAGGAUGCUCCCGAGUUGAGCACAAUACUCCAUUUUUCAGGCCAGUAUUAUACUUAUUUAAUCUGUAUUUUUAGUUUAAAAAAUGGGUACCUUUCUAUUCUAUUUAUCUUAUUUGUUUCAGUCCAGUGAAGAGUGAAUACAUAUACUUGAGACAUCAAGACAUUAGAUAAUUUCAGGCCAGUAUUAUUUAUUUUAUGACUUUUUUACUAAUUAACUUUAUUACCAAUAAUAUAUAUCAAUACAAUCUUUACCUUGUUUCAGCACCUUCACUCCAAACUCACUGUAUGCAUGGAUACAAUACUAAUUUUUUCAGGCCAGUAUUUUAAAUGUUAUACUUACUUAAUGUCUAUUUUUAUACUAUUUUUGGAUACUUUUUCACUCUAUUUCUCUCAUUUGUUUCAGUCUAGUGAAGAAAGAUAUUUGGAAUAUCAAGACAUCAACAGAUAACUUAAAGAACAUCAUCAUUGAAUCCAUUCAACAGAAAAUCGAUUACAUAUUUUUUAUAAUAAUGUAACUUAGUUUAGUUUAAGCAUUGAUUUUCUGUUGAAAUAACAAGAACCUGUGUUUAUUUGGACCCUUAAAUAAAUGUUUAAUUUAAGUAAUUAAUUUGAAAAGAUGCUAAAGGAAGUUUCUUGCCACUUCUUCUUCUGUUAAGCCUUUCCGAAGUGGUGGUAAAAUAAAUGAUCUAUAACA